AAAGCACGCAACCCGGCGGCCUCGAACGGCCAAAUCUCGUGUGCGCUCCCGCACCGCGGGAACUAGGCGCCGGCUUCUGGCCCGCUCCCUUGGCGCAGCGGUCUGCGCGCAUGCGUGCGCGCGCGCCGCGCCUUUCCUCACGCCGCGCCUUCCGCUGCCCUGGUUACCGUUAGUGUUUGCGAAUUCCCUGCAGCACCUUCUUCGCGGGAGACCAACGCCGCCGGACUCCGGCAGCGGUUCGAUACGCGCGCGCCUGCGUCACGUGGGCCUAGACUCCCUCGCAGUCGCUGGCGAGCCGCUGAGCCGGGAGGAGAGGAGCUGCGGGCUACCGCUCACCCUCCCACCGCGCCCAGGGGCUGGCGCCCGGAUGAAAAUGGCGAAGUGGGGGUAGCUGGCGCGGAGCGUGAAGCUAUGGGGCGCGCAGGUGUGACGGCCGUCGGAGCCCCCUGAGGCGGGCGCCUGGCGGUUCUCUGGGGCAGUUUGACCUGGCGACCUCGGGCUGGCGCCUAAUCGGUCAGAUCACGGGCUCCGCGGGUCUCCGAGGGACCCACCGAGAGAAGGGGGCAAUGGAUGAACAGAGUGUGGAGAGCAUUGCUGAGGUUUUCCGAUGUUUCAUUUGUAUGGAGAAGUUGCGGGACGCGCGCUUGUGUCCUCAUUGCUCCAAGCUUUGUUGUUUCAGCUGUAUUAGGCGCUGGCUGACAGAGCAAAGAGCCCAAUGUCCUCAUUGCCGUGCUCCACUCCAGUUACGAGAACUAGUAAACUGUCGUUGGGCAGAAGAAGUAACACAGCAACUUGAUACUCUUCAACUCUGCAGUCUCACCAAACAUGAAGAAAAUGAAAAGGACAAGUGUGAGAAUCACCAUGAAAAACUUAGUGUAUUUUGCUGGACUUGUAAGAAGUGUAUCUGCCACCAGUGUGCACUUUGGGGAGGAAUGCAUAGUGGACAUACCUUUAAACCUUUGGCGGAAAUUUAUGAGCAGCAUGUUACUAAAGUUAAUGAAGAAGUAGCCAAACUUCGUCGACGUCUCAUGGAACUGAUCAGCUUAGUUCAAGAAGUGGAAAGAAAUGUAGAAGCUGUAAGAAAUGCAAAAGAUGAGCGUGUUCGGGAGAUUAGGAAUGCAGUGGAGAUGAUGAUAGCACGAUUAGACACCCAGCUGAAAAAUAAGCUAAUAACAUUGAUGGGUCAGAAGACAUCUCUGACUCAAGAAACAGAACUACUGGAAUCCUUAGUUCAGGAAGUAGAGCAUCAGUUGCGGUCUUGUAGUAAGAGUGAAUUGAUAUCUAAGAGCUCAGAGAUCCUCAUGAUGUUUCAGCAAGUUCAUCGAAAGCCUAUGGCAUCCUUUGUUACCACUCCUGUUCCACCAGACUUUACGAGCCAGACUGUACCCUCUUGUUUUGAUCUUGGGAUUUGGUUGGUUUUCUUUUAUUUUAGUACUUUGCGCCAGAGAGCAGAUCCUGUUUACAGUCCACCUCUUCAAGUUUCAGGACUUUGUUGGAGGUUAAAAGUUUACCCAGAUGGAAAUGGAGUUGUUCGUGGUUACUACUUAUCUGUGUUUCUGGAACUUUCAGCUGGCUUGCCAGAAACUUCCAAAUAUGAAUAUCGCGUAGAGAUGGUUCAUCAAUCCUGCAAUGAUCCUACCAAAAAUAUCAUUCGAGAAUUUGCAUCUGACUUUGAAGUUGGAGAAUGCUGGGGUUAUAAUAGAUUUUUCCGUUUGGACUUACUUGCAAAUGAAGGAUACUUGAAUCGACAGAAUGAUACAGUGAUUUUAAGGUUUCAGGUUCGUUCACCAACUUUCUUUCAAAAAUGCCGGGACCAGCAUUGGUAUAUCACUCAAUUGGAAGCUGCACAAACUAGCUAUAUCCAACAGAUAAAUAAUCUUAAAGAGAGACUUACUAUUGAGUUGUCUCGAACUCAGAAAUCAAGAGACUUGUCACCACCAGAUAAUCAUCUUAGCCCCCAAAAUGAUGACACUCCUGAGACACGAGCUAAGAAGCCUGGAUCGUGCGCUGACGUGCUUCUCCAGGAUGGUCCUGCUGCAGCUUCUGUACGAGACGUGAAGGAGGGUGAAGAGGAUGAGAAGAUUCAGAGUGAAGAUUAUCACCAGGAUCUUUCAGAUGGAGAUCUGGAUCUGGAUCUUGUUGGUGAAGAUGAAGCAAAUCACCUCGAUGGCAGCAGUUCUUCUGCCAGUUCCACAGCAACGAGUAACACAGAAGAAAAUGACAUUGACGAAGAAACGAUGUCUGGAGAGAAUGAUGUGGAAUACAACAACAUGGAGUUGGAAGAGGGAGAACUCAUGGAAGAUGCAGCUGCAGCAGGACCUCCAGGAGGUCACCAUGGAUUUACAUGUAUCAAAUCCACUCUUGAUGUCAUCAUACCAUUGUUUGCCUGUCAUGGAACCCACUAUGUUUAUGACANAAUUUUAAUACAUCUCUUGGACCUUAAGGACCGGAACAGUAUGGAAAAUUUGUGGGGCUUACAGCCUCGGCCCCCUGCUUCACUUCAGCCCACAGCAUCGUAUUCUCGAAAAGAUAAAGACCAACGGAAGCAGCAGGCAAUGUGGCGAGUUCCCUCUGAUUUAAAGAUGCUAAAAAGACUCAAAACUCAAAUGGCUGAAGUUCGAUGUAUGAAAACUGAUGUAAAGAACACACUUUACUCUCAUGAAUCCUGCAUUCAUUACUUGUGUGAUAGGAAUUGGACAUUAAAAUGUGUAGACAGAAAUGUCUUUGCAGCCACAAAUAAGAAGAGUCAUUCGCCCAAGCCUGCUCGGUCCAGUAUAGCAGGUAGUCUGUCUCUUCGAAGAGCAGUAGACUCUGGGGAAAAUAGCCGUUCCAAGGGAGACUGCCAGACUCUAUCUGAAGUCUCCCCAGGAAGCUCUCAGUCUGGGAGCAGGCACAGUUCUCCCCGAGCCUUGACCCAUGUCAGUAUCAGUGACAUUCUGCCGAAAUCUGAAGAUCGGCAGUGUCAAGCUUUGGAUUCAGAUGCUGUUUUGGUUGCAGUUUUCAAUGGUGUACCUGUUGUUGAAAAAAGAAGAAAAAUGGUCACCUUGGGGACUAAUGCUAAAGGAAGUCAUCUGGAAGAAAUGCAAAUGACUGAUGUGGAAAAUAACUCAGAAACUGGGGAGUUACAACCUGUUCUACCUGAAGGAGCUUCAGUUGCCCCAGAGGACGAUACACAUUCCAGUUUUCCUGAUGGUGAACAAAUAGGCCCUGAAGAUCUCAGCUUCAGUACUGAUGAAAACAGCGGAAGGUAAUUUUCAAAUCAAGAGAACUGACUUGCAAGCCACCUUGACCCUGAAAUUCGCUGUCGUUGGUGCUCAAAUUUGUCAAUGGUCAGAUAAUCAGAUUUUUUCACCAUCUCUACUUGAAAUAGUAAUUGAGACUUUAGAAAGUAGCACGAUUCUAGUAUAAAACAUUAGUACAAAGGAAAAAAUUAAAUGUGGGAAGAAUUCUGUGUAAUGUAAUGAAAUAACAGUGUAGCCUCAAUUAAUUUAGUACAUUAGUGUAUUCAUAAAAGGCAGUUUGUCUGCUCCAGCAGACGGGCAGCUAGCUGCCAGGAAACGGGCUUGGAGGCCGCGCAUGCGCCCAGUCUCUGCUUGUCGUUGGCGCUCUCCUGUCUGGGCUGGAGACUCGGUUCUGCUGAAAUGACCGCCUUUGUAGUUUGGGUUUUAAUUACAGUUUCUAGUUUCAUUAGUGCCUGUAGACUAGUGAGGAGAAAUAUCACUAAUGUGUAGAUUCUGCCCUGAAGACACUUUAUGUGAAUAACUGAAGUAACACUAGACUGAAUCUCCUCUUUGGAAUGUGUUGACUGACUGAGGUUAAUUUUUCUUUUCUUAUUUGUUCAAGUGCAGGCAGGCACACUGAUUAAUGGCACAUACGCUAUCUUUUGUGUGAGUUUUACAAAUGCGGUUUUAAAUGAAUUAAGUUAAUGUGAAUUGGUUAUGUUCUUGGUCAUAUAAACACAUGUAAGAACAUUUAAAAUUAUUUCACUUUGUUCUGCUUCUUACCAAACAACUACAGAGCAACAAGUAUUUUAAAACCCUGUUUUUUCCUUUGUUUUCAUUAGCUGGACAUUGAUUUCAGUGUCAAUACAUUUAAAGAUUCCCACAUGUUAUACAUGAAAGCGUGCUAUAACGUUUACUUUUAUACUCAGAAUUAGUCCAAAAUUAUUGCCAGACUUCACCAUUGUGCUCCUGCAUUUGUUUUUGAGCUGCUAUACCAUUUGAAAAGGACACUGAAAGCUGACUAAGAGACUAUUAGAAAAGCAUGAGUUAUAUAUACAUUUGAGAGGCAUUUCAUCUGCUUAUUUUUACUUAAUGAAUAUUGUUCCCUUUUCCAUGUGUAGUGUCUUGCCGAACGCUAUGAUUCAUGGUUUGCUUUUGUUCAAAACAGUUUGCACUUUUUGUUAAUAAAAUGAACUUGAGAAAA